CAGGUUUGCGUUAGAAACGGGCCUUGUUGAUGCCGAAACGCCUAGUGUCGGGGUAGUCAGAAAUCUCUCAUAAUGCCGACCAUAAAAUUGCAAAGUUCUGAUGGGGAGAUGUUUGAGGUUGAUGUUGAUAUUGCUAAGCAGUCAGUAACCAUCAAGACUAUGCUCGAAGAUUUAGGAAUGGACGAUGAAGGCGACGAUGAUCCAGUUCCUUUGCCUAACGUCAAUGCAGCCAUACUCAAAAAGGUCAUCCAGUGGUGCACACACCACAAAGAUGACCCUCCUCCCCCUGAGGAUGAUGAGAACCGGGAGAAGAGAACAGAUGACAUCCCAGUGUGGGAUCAGGAGUUCCUUAAGGUUGACCAGGGCACACUCUUCGAACUGAUUCUGGCCGCAAACUAUUUGGAUAUAAAAGGACUGUUGGAUGUGACCUGCAAGACGGUCGCUAACAUGAUCAAAGGCAAGACCCCUGAGGAGAUCAGGAAGACCUUUAACAUCAAGAAUGACUUCACAGAGGAAGAGGAGGCUCAAGUACGCAAGGAAAACCAGUGGUGUGAGGAGAAGUGAGAUGGGGUACUUCGCCUAACACACCAGUCAGGAUGUCUUUGAGAUUCUGACUCCUCUGCACUGUUUAUAUUUGUGGAUAUUACAUUACCAUUACAAUAGAGUGACAGACCUUGUGUGUGUUGUUCAUAGCCUGAUCUUUCCUUUUGCUUGUGUGGUAUUAAUAUUCUUUGCUUGUCAUUGUUUUUUGAAAAUUUCAGCUUUUUCCUCAUAUAUGUGGGUAGUAUUCAUUCAUAAAUCCCAGGAACCACUCUUCCCUAUCAUAAUUUGAAUUUUUAGCUUUAUUGUCAAGUGAAUAGACCUUGGUUUUCACAAAUGACACAAGCUUGGUUAACAAUUUUAUAAACACAUCGCAUUCUACCUUUCUGUUGGAAAUAAAAAAUGUUUUCUUUUGC